AUGCUGCCCUUGAUCGAUCUCGACAUCUUUCGCCAGGAUCCCACAUCGCCCGAGGCAUUGCAGCAAGCCCACGCGGUACGUUACCCUCUACUUGAAGAAGCACCACCGCACGCGUCGCGCAGUCACAAGAGGAGCUCCUCAAGGACACUCGGCCAGAAUUCCACUACCAAGCAGGAGCGACCUAGAAACCGAAAUGUCACUCCGACGCCUCGUGUCGGGCCGUGAUCGCCGCGCUCGACCCUUCUGAACGACCGCUCGAUUUGGAAGCCGACAAGGCGGAUCCAAAGUGUCGGUUAGUCAUAAGCUGAACAUGAGAUUCCAUCGGGUCGAACAAAGGCUUUCAGGCCGCUGAUCUGCUUGCCUUGUCCGCACCAUCCACGAUGAAUCGUGUGCAGAUUUUUCUGGAGGAUGGGCGUGCCUCCGCCUCCCGAAAGCACCUCUUUCGGAUUCAUGACGAUCCCCAACGUCAUCCCAACCGCUUUCGCCACAACGUGGGAAUCCUCCAUGCAGGAAUGGGGCAACAUCAUCCGAUCCGCCGUCUCGGGCGUCUCGGAGAUGCUCGCCGUCGGUCUUGGUCUACCUCAGGCCGAAUUCCUCCGAGCUUCGACGUACGGUCCGCAUCUCCUUGCUCCGACCGCGACGGAUUUGACGAGGUUCGGUCACCUCGAUUCCAUCUUUGCUGGAUUCCAUACCGAUCUCAACUUUUUGACCAUCCACGGGAGGAGUCGGUACCCGGGCCUACACAUCUGGGCCCGCAACUCGGGCCAAAGGAUCGCAGUCAAGUUGCCUCCCGGGCAUCUGCUCGUCCAAGCGGCGAAACAACUCGAGCAUGUUACGGGGGGUUUGAUCUUGGCGGGGUAUCAUGAGGUGGCGUGUACGAAACGGACCUUGGAAGCCAUUGAGACGAGGAAAAGAUCGGCACCGGAAAGGCCGUUGAUAAGGAUCUCGUCGACGUUCUUUCAUCAUCUUUCGUCGGAUUAUCAGAUGAAGCCCAGGGAGUUGACGGGUAGGAUGAAGCUGGUGCCAGAGUGGAUAGAAGCUCAUCGAACGUCGCAGAUAUCUCUACCGCCUGUUGAGUACGAGGAGGGGCAGAAAGUUGGGACAUUAGUCGAGAAUGAGCUGAGGCAUAUCGCUUUGAAGAAGGAUUGA